CUUGAAGUGAUUCCUGAACAUGAAGAAAAGAUAAAACGAUAUGAACGACGUAUUGAAGAAUUAAAAGCAAUUGUUGGAAGGAAAGCCGAUUUAGAGAGACAAUUAUCAUCCGAACACAGAGCAUUGAAGGAAACGUUAGACAAACAGUCAACGGAAAAGAAACGCCUUUCAAUGGAAAAUGAGGAACUCGUUUGGAAACUACAACAAAGUGAGUGUGGCUCCCCAGUUUGCUUGACUCCGUCUACCCCUACAAGGACGACACGAAUGCCUUCUCCAACCAAUUCAUUUAGUCGCACAAAU